UUACGCCUCCAGACGGACGCCCCUCCUCGCAGCUGCUGACGUUUCCAGCCCCCCGGUUUUUUUGUGCGUGUGGCUGUCUGCGGUUCGCCUCUACGACGGGACAUGUGUCCAUAAACCCGCGGAAUGGGCGCUCCGCCAUGAACACAGCGAUUACCGGAGUGCGUCGGGAAUCAGAGAGAGCAGAAGCGCGUCGGAGAGCUGAGAGCAGGUGAUGUCUGUCUGAUGGCAAAAUGAGUUCAUAUACACGUGGGGCUCCAACUGUCUUUUUCAUAAGUGCUUUGUGGUUCCUGCUAAGAGGGGUUCAGGCAGAUCCUGACCCCAGUGGGGGCAUCCCGUUCCUGGGGGGCAGAUAUGAGGGCCACCCCAUGCUGUACUUCAACCACGUAGAGGUGGAGGACCUGCAGAGGGCAGCAGUGAGCACGCAUCGCGUCCUGGCUCAGGGCAUUCGAGAGGCUGCAGAAGCCAUUCUGGAGCGGCCGGAGGAGUACCUCCCGCCCUGGAGCCCCAACGAUUUCAGUGCCCGCUGGAACGAGAUCUAUGGCAACAACUUGGCCCUGCUGGCAAUGUUCUGUCUGCUGUACCCACACCGGACAGGAGCCCUGGACGUGACCAGAGAGUACAUGGAGAGGAUGGCAUCCCAGCCCAGCUGGUUGGUGAAGGAUGCUCCGUGGGAUGAGUUACCUAUGGCACACUCUCUGGUGGGCUUUGCCACAGCCUAUGACUUCCUGUUUGAGUAUUUAAGUAAGGGGCAGCAGGAUCGUUUCCUGCAGGUGAUCGCGAAUGCCUCACGCUACAUGUAUGAGAAGUCAUACCACCGCGGCUGGGGCUUCCAGUACCUCCACAACCACCAGCCCACCAACUGUGUGGCCCUGCUGACAGGAAGCCUGGUCCUCAUGAACCAAGGCUACCUGCAGGAGGCAUAUCUGUGGACGAAGCAUGUCCUGUCCAUUAUGGAAAGGUCCCUCGUCCUGCUGCAGGACAUUCGGGAUGGCUCUCUCUAUGAGGGUGUGGCAUAUGGCACCUACAGCACACGCUCUCUCUUCCAGUACAUGUUUCUGGUGCAGCGACAUUUUGCCAUCGGACACUUCCAGCACCCCUGGCUUCUGCAGCACUUUGCUUUCCUCUACAGAACUGUGCUGCCUGGUUUCCAGAGGACUGUGGCCAUUGCGGACUCCAACUACAACUGGUUCUAUGGUCCUGAGAGCCAGCUGGUGUUUCUGGAUCGGUUUGUGAUGCGUAAUGGUAGCGGAAACUGGCUAGCUGAGAUGAUCCAUCAGAACCGCGUGCUGGAGGGUCCAGGACAGGCAGGGAAGGGGCAGAGAUGGAGCACACUGCACACAGAGUUCCUCUGGUAUGAUGCCAGUCUGAAGCCCACACCCCCUCCUGAUUAUGGGAAGCCCCGCCUGCAUUACUUUGAGGACUGGGGGGUGGUGACCUAUGGCAGUGCUCUUCCUGUAGAGCGAAGACACACGUUCCUCUCCUUUAAGUCAGGAAGGCUGGGGGGCCGUGCCAUCUUCGAUAUUGUCCACCAGAACAAGUACAAAGAGUGGAUCAAAGGAUGGAGGAACUUUAAUGCGGGCCACGAGCACCCUGACCAGAACUCCUUCACCUUCGCUCCCAGUGGUGUCCCCUUCAUCACAGAAGCCCUUUAUGGGCCCAAAUACACCUUCCUGAACAACGCAGUCAUGUUUGGACCCUCCACGUCUGACAGCUGCUUUACACCAUGGGAAGGUCAGGUAACAGAGGCAUGUAACUCUAAAUGGCUGAAAUACAAGCACGGGCCUGCUGCAGACUGCCAGGGGCGUGUGGAGGCGGCUCUGGAGCGCCAGGGAGUGCUGUUCAUCCGUGGUGAGGGCCAGGCAGCCUACAACCCUGCCAUGAAGAUCAGGAGGUUCCAGAGGAACCUACUGCUACUGGAGCCUGAGCUCCUCCUGCUGGUGGACUAUGUGCACCUGGAGUCUGACAGCCCCACCCACAGUAGCUGCACCUUCUUCCACAACACAGAUACCCCCUUCCAGAGGACAGCCCUGGGCAGGCUGCAGGGGGCCUUUAUCCAGUAUGGACACGAAUCUUACAAGAUGUUCUGGCAGGAUGACACGGGCAGCAGUGAGAGUGCCGCUAUGGGCUACUGGAGGUACCCGCGUGGGUACCCAUACAACGGCUCCAAUUACGUAAACGUGACCGUACCACUGAGAUAUCCCCACACCAGGGUGGCGUACGUCUUUUUUGGACCAGGAGUUGAUGUCCAGACCUUCAGCUUGCGUGGGGAUGCAGAGAGGAUCGACAUCUUCUUGACCACUCGGGAUCACACCUUUACCAUUUACCUGCUUACAGGAGAGAUGCCAAGCAAGCCUCUGUUUGCCAUGGUGCUGGUGGACCAGAAGAAGAUUGUGUUCGAGAAGGCGGCAUCAGUACAGGAGCGCCCUCUGGAAGAAGUGGGUGAGUACGUGAGUGUGGUAGAGGACAACCUCCAACAUGUGAAACCCAUCUUCCAGCAGCUGGAACGUCAUGUUCUGGCGCGAGUUCUUAACACCAACAGCUUGCACAAAAUUGCAGAGCAUCUCCCCAGAUCCUCAGGCAGGAAGAAGCCACCAGCGGUGAUAAAAAAGAAGCAAGGCAAAGUUAAGGGGUUUAAAAAAGGGAACCUGCCUGACAUUUUUGCUCAGAUUGAGAUGAGCGAGAAGAGGGAGAGAAGGCGUGCUAUGACGCACAUAUACGAGGAUAUUCCAGAAGAGGGCGACGGCGACUCCCGAGCGUUCAUCGAUUACAGCGACGUUCACAGAGGCAAGAAGGCGGGAUUUGUGAAGGGGCGCAUGUUUAAUGAGCUGCCCAUGGUGGCCACUGCCGAGAGUGCGGACACGAGCUACAUCCGCCUCUUCCUCAUCCUCAACAUCAGUACGUUCUUCCUGCUGCUGGCAGUGCUGCUGACCCAGCAGGCCCGGGCGCAGACCCUGCAAAUGCAGCGCUGCGUUUAUGGCAUCCUGAUGGCCGAUGGCUUCAUCCUGCUCUGCCUGUACUCCUCCUGCUCGCAGACACAGUGCUGAUGAGCGCUCCAUCUGCUUUUCCUCCUUUCCUUUCUCUCUGUCUCUUUCAUUGGACUUGGCUCCGCCCUACGCUGUAGUGCUUUCCUCUGUGGAAGCGAGAAAUGGAUGUAAGAUGAGAUGGGUGGAGGAAUUGAUGCCACUCAUUUUAUCCACCUAAGGCAUUCUUGCUGAGAAUCUCUGUCCGGCAUCUGUGGUUUCUCUAUUCCUUCAAUUCGUCAGAUCACCUGAAAAGAACUGGUGUGUCCUUCAUGAUGCCAACAGUCUCUCUGCUCGCAGAGACAAGGCUGACAUCAUCAGUGUGAAACACUUCCUCCUGCUUUGCCUCUUUUCCCGUGCUUCUUCUUGUUCAAGCUCAGUGCUGGCAUCGUCAGUGUGGGACUCGUUAUUUUCAACAACACCGUGAUUCCCACCUGCUCAUCCUAACAUCAUAAUAGCCACUAAAAUUCAAUGUAAUCUCUGCACAUUUGGCAUUGAUGGUCAUCAGAGGAAUUGUAACAUGUACAUAUUCUAAAGUAAGAUAUAUAAAUGUGUAUAUUUUUCGAUGUUAUUUUGUACUCUGUAAUAAAAAAGCAAAUGCUUUUUCCAGUCUUCCCUACCAGGGCAUGUUCCCUCUUCUGAGUUGUGCUGAGAGUAUUGAGACGUGAAACAGAGUGGCAUGAAUCAAGAGUUUCCACACUGAAUCACUGUGCUGCCACAUUAGCUAUUAGAAAAUACCCACUUUGUUCUCCAUAGCAAAAACCCACUCUGUGAUGCAUUCAAGUUGUUGAACAUUUUUCUGUGACUUCCAGACUGAAUUGUAUAAAUAAAUAAAAUUACACCAACA